AUGUGUCUAAUUGGAGAUAAGUUGGUAUUAGUAUUAUACGAUUCAGGAGCUACACAUUCAUUUAUAUCUACAUCUUGUGCGGAAAUUUUGGGAUUUGAAAUUGUUGAUCUCAACUAUAAGUUGACCAUUACAACUCCCUCGGGAGAAAGAAUGGUAACUUGUUCAGUCUGUGUAGACUGCCCUGUAAUUUUAGAAAAUAGAAGAUUCUUAGUAGAUCUUGUAGUACUCCCACUAAAAGACCUAGAUGUCAUCUUAGGAAUGGAUUGGUUAUCAGCCAACGAUGUAAACUUGGGGUGCCAAAAGAAAAUUUUAACGUUUGGAGAAGAUAGUGGAGAAGUCAUAAAGGUGGAAACUCUCACCCAAAAAUUUAUGAUGUUAUUCUCUAUGUCAGAAGGAGAAACCCCUAGUGUUGAAAAUCUUCCGGUGGUCUGUGAAUUCCCGGAAGUGGAGUUUUCUAUAGACUUGGUUCCAGGCACUGGACCAAUUUCUAUAUCUUCUUAUCGAAUGUCACCCUCAGAGAUGACUGAGUUAAAGAAACAGUUAGACGAGAUGUUAAAGAAGGAAUUUAUUAGACCGAGUGUAUCCCAUGGGGAGCUCCAGUCUUGUUUGUUAAGAAGAAGGAUGGUUCUUCUAGACUUUGUGUAG